AAAAACAUAACCAUACUACACCAAUUGUUUUGCUUCAGUAGCAACCGCCCGCCGCCACAGCGGCUCAUCUUCCACCUGUCCAGCCACCUAACCAGAGUCGCGUCUUUGAUCUUUCUUCGACUCAACGCAUCGGGUACAGAUGCCAUACUGACGGAAUAAAAAUUAAGAUAUACGCACAAAUUUUUGCCUUUUUCGUUUUGCCUUGUGGGGGUAAAACUUCAUGCAUUUUAUAUACUAGUUUGCACACUGAUGAUGGGAGAAUCAAAGGCAGAGUUCUCCUCCAAUCACCCAGCAAGUAAUAUUAGCGGUCAAGAUAAAGUAGGAAGAGCUGAUUGUAUCAAAUGUCACCAUUGCGCCGGUCCUCUCUCCAAAGAUAUGGAGACAAGCCGUUGGACUGUUCCACCACUUAUCAGAGAUAGUUUCUCUAUGAUUGGCUCUGCAGUUGGUGGAGUAACAAGUGCAUUUUAUGGUUUCAAUCAUGUCAUGCCGGUAGUUCAGAGGAGGAUUAAAGGACCUAUGUGGCUGCAUUUCCUUAUUGGCGCACCACCAAUUAUUGUAUUUUCUUCAGCUUGUGCUGGUUUAGCAGGUUAGUAUUUCUCUUUGAAGGGCUUUACAUACCCCAAAAUGCAGCUGCUCCAUUGGAAAUUUACUUGUUAUCUUAUGUUAAAGAGAGAUUAUAUUAAUCUUUAGAAAUUUACCUUUAGUAAGUUCCUUUGAUAUGAAUCAGUUUACUGGUUUAUAUUGAACUUAUUGAUUAAAUUUACCCGUAGCUUUACCGCUUAUUUCCUGUAAUCUUUAGAAAGUUCAUUAUAACUUCUAAAAUAUUGCUAAUUAAGAUGCACCGCACACUUGAGAUACCUUUCUUACUUCCAUAGCAAAACUCCAAUUGAAAUUUCUGCAAAUAGAAAGAAUUAUAUAUGCAUGUACAUGUCAUACCUUGUCUAUACACCCUGUUAACAUCGUUUUUAAUGUCUAUUCUACUAAUGUUCUUGAAUGAGUUUUCCAUAUUGUCCAGCCAGAUGAAAAUAUUAUGGACUCCCUAGAUUGAUUCUUAGUUGUGAUGCCUCUGAUACAUGGAUCUUAUAAAAUUCUCUCUGAUGUUUUUUCUUUAUUAUGGACUCCUUGGAUUGAUUAUUCCUAGUAUAAUAGGCUCUUUAGUUGUUGGACAAGAAUGUUUAGAGUUUAAGUAUCUGGUUUUUGUAUGUUACAUAUAUUGUGUUUUCCUGUGCGAAAUAUUUUAAGCUGCCCCGUCACUGCAUACGGCAAUCUGUUAUUUGUCCUUCUUAUAAGGAAGCUAAUACGGUGCGGUACUUUGUGGGGUACUUAGCUGUGGUUAUUGUAAUAAUGUUAAUGGUUGAGCAAUUGAAGCUGCAGCAAUGAGUUAUUGGAAGUAAUAAUGAUAUCCGUAAUUAAAAAGCCAUUUUGCUUUGUUUCCGUGGUUAGUAAAUCUACACGUUAGUCAGGUGGAAGAUAAUACAUAGAUAUCAGAGUUUUCCUUGAAAUGUCAUAAAUCUUAUUCUCACAAUCACAAACAAGAUUGUAGAAUUUUGAGAACCCGUCUUGACUUGAAUGUUUACUUUGCUUAGCUUAUAUAUUUAUUUUGUAUGCUAAAUUAUGCUGAGAUCAAAUGAAUAUUCAGCAUUAAAAUCCAUUCAAAUUUAGGCUGAUUCCAGAGCUUGUUUUUAUCUUGAGUUUGUUUUGUGACAAUUGCCUUAGCAAAACCAUAAUUGCCAAUGUUUCAUUAUUGAAUUUGACUCCAUGGGUUACAGCUCAUGGCCGCAUGUCAACCGAAAUAAGACGAAAGAACUUCAACUACCUUAUUUUAAUCAGGCAACGGAAUUGCACUGAACCUUCAACUCAUUCAUAAUUGUCUCUGUGGAGUAGUGGGGUCCUUUUUUGAGCAUGUAUAACCACAAUUUAGGAAUUUUCUGUUUUCUGUUCAGUAAUCCUAUCUAUACCAGAUGGAGGGAAUUGAAAUUAUGAGUAUUUGUCAUGUAGCUGCUUGGAAUUAUGAGGGAGCUAAAAGUUAUUUUGUUUAAACUUAGGAUUUUGGAGACUUCUUUUGUGUUCAGAAGCUUUUGUAAAAAACAUGUCAUCAUCAGCUGCGAGUCUCUUCUCAAGUAGUGGGUUUUCUGUUUAGUUUUUUGGCUUUUGAGUUCAUAAUUUGGCUCUCAUGGCACCUCCUUGUUUAAAUGACUCAUCUGUGUUGGAUUUAAUUUGUUAUCAGGUGGUUCUGUGCCAGCGCUUGCGCAGCUAGCAUCUUCAUCUUAUCAUGCCACAGCCUCUUCAUUAUCCUUGCGUCCAUCAUCACAAGAGGAAGAUAACCUUAGGAAACCGAGGGUUUCCCAAACUUAAAAUUUGAUAAAUUAUGUAGAAACUGGAGGUACUUGUGCCUUUGAAAGAUUGGACUUCUUCACCAAACUGAGUCGCGAGUCAAUGACGCUUAAGAAUGGAGUCCAACAUGGCUCCAACUUCCUGGGUAUGUUACGUUUGAGUUGGGCAGAUUUCAGUAUAUCUGCUUGCUGAUACAUACUAGAAUGUGAUGGUGAUUCGCUUUGUUGUACAUUUUUACUACUCUCGUUAUUCUGAAAUUAGUAUCGAGUUUGAAAUUUCACUUUUAGUAUACUUUGAACUAACAAUGAAAAUCCAAACUAGAUAAUAAUUUUAAGAUGGAGGGAGUACUUGAAGCAUUUUUCUGUAGAAAGCUCAAUGGUUAUGUAUAAAAUCCAGUAUAAUUUUUCAUUUUGUAAUGGACAAGAGUACUAUCUUUUUCAUUAUGAACUAGAUGCUUGGCCUGGCCAAAAAGCAUGUGGCCGCCUUCAGAUAUUUUUUUUCUGAUAUUCUAUAAUAUUGUUUUAUAGAAUAUCUUGAGUCGUACUACUCAAACAACUUUUCUGUAUUAAUACAAAGGGGUAAGACUGCGUACAUCUUGACCCCCAAACUCUAAACGAGUUGGGAAUAUACUGG